AUGAAAAAUAUAUUAUCAUAUUGUAAUAAUUGUAGACAACUUCCAGAAGAUAUAUUAAUGUUAUAAUGUAGACAUGAUUUAUGUUUAAAUUGUGCAUCUUUAAUAUUUACAUCUGAAAAUAUUAAUCCUGAUUCAAAAAUUAUAACCUGUUUAACAUGUGGCAAAUGCACAUAAUUAGAAAAAUAAACAGUAUAUUAAUUGUAAAAAAUAAAUAUUGAUAAUUAAAUCCAAACAAAAAUAUUAUAAUCGGCAGACUAAUAAAAAAUUUUUAUUAUUCAAAAUAUAAUUCAAAUAUAAAACAACUAGAAGAUAUCUAAUUUAAAUCUCCUUAAAAAUAAAAAAAUACUAUAAUUAAAGAAAAACUCCCAAUUAAGGAAAAUUACAAUUUAUUUAUAGAAUCACCUUUAUCUCCUUUAUAUUAGUAAAUUGUGUUCUUCAUAUUUAUUUUUAAAUAAAAAAUAUAAAAUAUAAAAUAAAAGGAUUAAAAAAUAUAAAUGCUAAGAUCAUCCAGAAGAAGAUAUUUCAUAUUAUUGUUUUUAAUGUUUAUCUAAAUCUAUAUGCCCGGAAUGUAUUAUACAUGGGUCUCAUUAA